AUGAGUUAUUCGAUAGAUAAUAUCUUUGAUCCGAAAACGGACUACGUCAUCAUCAUGUUCGUCAGGCCGAAGUUUGACGCUUCCAGCGCCGAAUUUCAACGAUCGGAGUCGGGUAUUGCUGCCAAGGCAGGGGAUUUGCUGGAUGAGGCGUCGGCGGAGGUGAAGGCGGCUCACCCGGGCAUUCAAGUGGAGACGAUGCUGGGCGAGGGAGACCCGCGAGACGUGCUGUGCAACCGCGCGACUGAGGACUUUGUGGACUUCAUCAUCGUCGGAAGUCAGGGCAAGACCGCUCUCACGAAAGCAAUGAUGGGGAGUGUGUCCCAGCACCUGCUGCACAAUGCACCAUGCCCUGUGCUAGUCUACCCGUCUUCUGGCACAGAUGCUGUCAAGCGCAGCACCUCUGCAUGGGGUGGUGCUCUGAAAGUGUUUAAGGGCGUUGCGUCCUCCGUUUCUUCUGUUACCUCAUCAGUUGCCUCUGUGAGCCUCGGUUCUGGUUCUUCCAAGUAA